UCAUGUUGUGAUAAAAAAUCAUUGUUGGUUGCAGCUUUAGUUCUGCUGUGAUGGACUGAUUCAACGUCCCACGAGCUUUCCGUUAACUUAAUCACUAAACACAGAAAAGAGUUAAAAAAAAAAUUGAUAAAACAUAACUUUACAACAAAUUAACACAGAGUGAAACAAGACUGGGGCCACAAGAUGGAGGCUGGAGGGCCCGUCAUAGUUGAUAUUAUAAUUUUAUGUAGACCCCAAUGAGAUGGAGACAACCUGGGGGCCCUUGGCGGACUGGACACACUCCGGCCCAGCAGGUGGCAGCACCGUGUUGGAUCGUGACCCGCCAGUAAACACAAAGAAGAAGCGGUCUGUGAAACAGCAGCGCGUUAGUCUGACCUGCAGCGGCUCUCGGGGCUGAACCGGACCGGUAUGCUGUGGACUGAAUAUGGACCUGAAUGAGUCUCUGGGGAAGAAGCGGCAGGAAGCGGACCGGGAGUUCCGCGGCUCCGCUGGACAGAGUCCCCGCCGGUGACGGUGCCGGGAAGCUGAGCGUGCUGUGGUCCGUGUCCUACCCGCUGCUGGCCGUGCUGUCCCUGCUGCGGUCGCUCCUCCGCUGGCUGUGGAGGCGCACCGCGGCCGCUGGCAGAGCCGAGCCCCGAGCCGACGAGCCUGGCGGCGCGAAGCGGCAGCAGCGGGACGGCGGCGGGAGCCCGGAACCAGGCGAGCGGGUCAGGAGCCACCACGGCCGGGCCUUCGAGUUCAUGUCUGCGGCGCUGAGGAUCGAUGAGGACGAGCAAGGUGACAAGCAGCAGGCGGUGGUCUGGUACCAACGAGGCAUCACCGAGCUGGAGAAGGGCGUCGCCAUCCAGAUUGCAGGAAGCGGAGAGACAUAUGAGCGUGACAGACGUCUGCAGAAACAGAUGACCUCCAACCUGAUCAUGGCUAAAGACCGACUGCAGUCUUUAGUCAAGGUGCUGUCGGGGUCCGGGGCUCAGACAGACAUUUACACUGAGCCCGCCUACCAUACUGCCCACCUGCGCUCAGCAGGUGGCGCUGUCUCCAGAAAGAAAGACUCUGUUUGUCCGGCACCAUCCAGCCGACCAAAGCCCCUCCCAAAGACGUCCUGUUCUUCCGCGACGAGGCUCCAUCGCCCAUCAGACCUCGGCUCGCAGCGCCCCCCCGCCCACAGUAACAGUAAGGGCAGAACAAGUCGGCACGCCGUUAAAGUCAGCUCCCCGACGUCGAGCCCGCUGAAGAAGAAGGACACGAAGAACUUGAAGAACGUAGACGGGAAGCUCGCCAACCUCAUCCUCAACGAGAUCGUGGACAGCGGAUCGUCUGUGAGGUUUGAAGACGUUGCCGGUCAGAAUCUGGCGAAGCAGGCGCUGCAGGAGAUCGUCAUCCUGCCGGCGCUGAGGCCGGAGCUGUUUACAGGACUGCGUACUCCAGCCAGAGGACUUCUUCUGUUCGGUCCACCCGGCAACGGCAAGACGAUGCUGGCUAAAGCUGUGGCUGCUGAGUCCAACGCCACCUUCUUCAACAUCAGCGCCGCCAGCUUAACCUCCAAAUACGUGGGUGAAGGGGAGAAGCUGGUCCGAGCUCUGUUCUCUGUGGCCAGAGAGCUGCAGCCCUCCAUCAUCUUCAUCGAUGAAGUGGACAGUCUGCUGUGUGAACGACGGGAGGGCGAGCACGACGCCAGCCGACGCCUAAAGACCGAAUUCCUCAUCGAGUUUGACGGGGUCCAGUCAGGAGGGGACGACCGGGUUUUGGUGAUGGGAGCCACCAACAGGCCUCAGGAGCUGGACGAGGCUGUUCUCAGGCGUUUUGCUAAGCGUGUUUACGUAGCUCUGCCAGACGAGGAGACUCGCUUCAAGCUGCUGAAGAACCUGUUGGGGAAACAUGGAAACCCGCUGACGCACAGAGAGCUGAGCCAGCUGGCCAGAAUGACAGAAGGAUACUCCGGCAGUGACCUCACCUCAUUGGCUAAAGAUGCCUCCCUGGGACCAAUCAGAGAGCUGCGUCCAGAACAAGUGAGGAACAUGGAGGCCAGCGAGGUCCGAAACAUUUGCUUCAGAGACUUUGAGGAGUCUCUGAAUAAGAUCAAGAGGAGCGUCUGUCUGCAGACUCUGGAGCUUUACGUCCGCUGGAACAGAGACCACGGAGACACUACGGCUCUGUGAACUCCACACAAACAGACUUCUUCCAAAACCGCGUUUUUAUGAACCUUUGCACGAAUGUUUCUACGAAAUAAAGAAUCUUCCUCUUA